AUGUCUCUCUCAAACAAGCUUGCUAUCACCGACGUCGACGUCAAGGACAAGCGCGUCUUGAUCCGGGUCGAUUUCAACGUCCCCCUUGACGCCGAGAAAAAAAUCACCAACAACCAGCGAAUUGUCGGUGCCUUGCCCACAAUCAAAUAUGCCAUUGAGCAUGGCGCAAAGACGGUGAUCCUGAUGUCUCAUCUUGGCCGCCCUGAUGGCAAGGUCAACCCCAAGUACAGCCUGCAGCCGGUUGUUCCAGAGCUCGAGAAGCUCCUUGGUCGCAGCGUCAUCUUCACAAAAGACAGUGUUGGUCCCGAAGUUGAAGAGACCGUCAACAAGGCUUCCGGUGGCCAGGUCAUUCUCUUGGAGAACUUGCGAUUCCAUGCUGAAGAGGAAGGUAGCUCCAAGGAUGAGAACGGAAACAAGGUCAAGGCCGACAAGGCUAAGGUUGAGGAAUUCAGGAAGGGAUUGACUGCUCUGGGAGAUGUUUACAUCAAUGAUGCUUUCGGAACCGCCCACCGUGCCCACAGCUCCAUGGUCGGUGUAGAGCUUCCUCAGAAGGCAGCUGGUUUCCUUGUGAAGAAAGAGCUUGACUACUUUGCUCAAGCAUUGGAGAAGCCCCAGCGACCUUUCCUCGCUAUCCUGGGAGGCUCCAAGGUUUCCGACAAGAUUCAGCUCAUCGACAACCUGCUCCCCAAGGUCAACAGCUUGAUCAUCACUGGUGCGAUGGCCUUCACAUUCAAGAAGACUCUUGAGAACGUCAAGAUCGGCAACUCUCUGUUCGAUGAGGCUGGCAGUAAGAUUGUCGGCGAUGUCAUCAAGAAGGCAAAGGAGCACAAUGUCGAGGUUAUUCUCCCCGUCGACUAUGUCACCGCUGACAAGUUCGCUGCCGACGCAAACGUCGGCAAAGCCACCGAUGCCGAUGGCAUCCCAGAUGGCUGGCUCGGUUUGGAUGUCGGCGAGGAAAGUGUGAAAUUGUACAAGAAGGCUAUCGCUGAGGCGAAAACCAUCCUUUGGAACGGCCCCGCUGGUGUCUUUGAGCUUGAGCCUUUUGCCAACGGAACCAAAUCCACCCUUGAUGCUGCAGUUGCGGCCGCGCAGUCUGGCAGCAUCGUCAUUAUUGGCGGUGGUGAUACUGCCACCGUUGCCGCCAAGUACAAGGUCGAGGAUAAAUUGAGCCAUGUGUCUACCGGCGGUGGUGCAUCUUUGGAAUUGCUUGAGGGCAAGGAUUUGCCUGGUGUUUCGGCUCUUUCGAGUAAGUAA